AUGGCCACAAAAGCCAUGACCAAGCUCUUAGCCAUUGCAGACAUGGUAUCCUUGUCUUGUUCUCUACUAAUGGUGGCUCUAAUUUUAGUGACUGCCAUGAAUGAGAGCUUGAAGAUGGAGACGAUGAUCGGUGAUGCUGUUGUCAGUAAAGGUAGAUUAAUUAAUGAUCGUGUUUGUGAUGAAAUUUAUGUGGUUGGUGAGGGGGAGACAUUGCAAACAAUUAGUGAUAAGUGUGGUGAUCCCUUCAUUGUUGAAAGAAACCCUCAUGUUCAUGAUCCAGACGACGUCUUCCCCGGCCUUGUCAUCGCUCUCCGGCCAACCAAACUCUGGCCAUAG